AUGCUUUGUUCUAUACUAAUCUAUUCUCUCCUAUUUAUUCAUGCAUUUCUCAAUGUUCAAGGAUACAAUUACGAUACAGAGUUCCAAUUGAAAAACUUGGUUCUUCGAAGGCUUGCUCGCUCAACCUGUCCUAGUUCAACCCAAUGUUUGUCGAAAUGGGGCUACUGUGGAACAGGACCGGAUUUUUGUGGUGAUGGUUGUCAAGCGGGUCCAUGCACAAAACCUGGUGGUACUAGUGGAGGUGGCUCCGCUUGUCCUAAUCCAAGUGAAUGUAAGUCGAAAUGGGGCUACUGUGGAACAGGACCAGAUUUUUGUGGUGAUGGUUGUCAAGCGGGUCCAUGCACAACACCUGGUGGUAGUGGUGGAGGCGGUUCAGUUGGUGUUAUUGACAGCAGUACAUUUGCCUGUGUAUUCAACACGAUCGAUCCUACAUUACGUGCUAACCGAUUCAGUGGACUACAAGCAACAGGCUGGACACCGGCAAACAAAGACGAAGCUGCUGUCUUUCUUGCACAUGUAUGUCAUGAGACAGGUGGUCUUAGAACAAUGCGAGAAGAUUGCGCUCCAGGUUGUGGUUCUCAGUAUAGUGGCUCUUGGUGCAGUAUAUCGGGUGCGGCGGGAAAAUUGUACUAUGGUCGAGGUUGGUUGCAGCUCUCAUGGCCAUGUAAUUAUUACAAUGCAGGUCAGUCUCUUGGUGUUGAUCUUCUUGGAGAUCCAGACAAGGUGGAAAAUGAUCCUAAGCUAGCAGUAAGCACAGCUCUCUGGUUCUACAAAGCAAAUGGUAUGGCUGCACCAGCUCAAAGAGGUGACUUUGCUGCUACGACUCGCAUCAUCAAUGGUCCCCUCGAGUGUGACAAUGGAUCAGGUUACAGUAAUCAAUUGGCUCGAGUAGCAACCUACAAACGUGUCCGUCAAUGUUUCAAUCUUGGUGAACCUUCAAUAAAUCCAGUUUGCUAG